AUGUUAGACGAUACUAAUAUUUAUAAAAAAUCUUACAAAACUUAUAGCAUAACCAAUGCCGAACAAAAAUAUAAACUUGUAAUAUUUCCAAGUGACAAUACAUUUUCUAUUGUUAAUAAUAAACAGUGUUCAAAUUCAGAACACGAUGGAUUAAUUACUGUACAAAGUGGCAGUAAAAAAUAUCUGGCAAUGGUUUUCAAAGAAGGUACAAUGGCUGAAUUACACGAAGCACAAAAAUUAUUAGGAAAAGCUAUAAAUACAGAUAUUGAAUCUGAUUAUGAUCCAGAACAAAAACAUAAAAUGAAAACAAAAACCACGACAAUUGUUAAAGUACAACCAAGAGAACCAACAAUUACAAGUUUAUCAGAUAUUCCGUUUGAAGAUUUGGGAAAAGCAUGUAAAAAUGUAACUAUUAAUUCACAAUCAAAAAAUAUACAUAGUACAUUAGGUGCUGGUGAUAAUCUUCGUUAUUUGAAACAAACAAUUAAUAAUUAUCAUAGUAAUGAUUGUGAAGAUUUAAAAUCGUCACCACAACGACAACAUAGCAAGCGUACAAAAGCAACAAAUAUAAAAUCAAAACGUCAAUGUACAUCAUCAAAAAAGUUUACCCCACCAAAUACAACCAUAUCAACUCCGUCAUCUACUUUUAUAGUUGAUACACAACAAUCGGAAUAUGAUGACGAUGAUGAUAGUGAUUAUGAAAAUAAACCACCACCAAGAAAACCAUCAAAUCAAACAACACCAUCGUCAUCAUCAAUAUCAAUUCUUCAUACACCGAAACCAUUAGCUGGCCGAAAGAUUCUUGGUAUAAAUGAUGAUAAAGAAGAACCAUCACAAAAAGAACUUAUGGUUUCAUUAAAACAAUCAUUGUUAAGCAUUACAAACAUAGAAGAAAAAUAUUUAAAACAAAUAUUAAUUGGACAAGAAAGGCAAGAAAAUAUGAUUAAAAUGUUAUUUGAAAAUCAGAAAAAGAUACAAAAAGCCUUAUGUAAAAAAAAGAUAUAUAUACCAUUAGAAGAACCAAAUGUAGAACAAUCAGUUGAAGAAAAAACAUUUGAAACAAUAAUGAUGUAUAAAAAUCCAAACGAUGGAAAUGAUGUUGAUUUAUUAUCAAUAACUGGUGUUAAACAAAAGAUGAAUUUGUAUGUAACAUCAUUAAUUGAUAUUGUUUUUACACGUGAAGAGUUAUUGCAACUUGAUGCAACAAAAAUCAAAUUUGAUGAUGGUUAUAAAUUAAUACAAGGUUUGACUAAAAAUUUACUUUAUCUUGUUUGUUUAGCACAAAUAAUCUCAUAUAUUGCUUAUCACAUCUCUUUUUUUUUAGAAGCUGUACGAAAUAAAUUUCGAUUAUCAGAUAAUAUUUUAAAAAUUGAAUGGUGUAAUUUACAUGAAACAUUUUUAAACAAACGUCGAGAUAUUAAAAAGGGUUUAAAAAAACAACAAACUACAAUUCAAACAAAUUCAUCAACAAAUGCCUAA